GCUUUAGCUAUCUACUACAAUAUGCAUUGGAAGAUACUUUUGUUUACCAUACUAUUGGUCAACGAAAAUGGUUGCCGAGCAGGCAAAGCGAAGGGUGGUGGUGGUGGUGACGCUGCUGGAACUCCAUCUCUUGAUACAAAAAAAGAAGUGCGAGAUAACGUGGAGAUACCUCCGGCCUCCCUUGAUGCUUCGGCGCCAGCUGUUUUGCUUUGGACACCGGAAGUGCCAAGUUUUGACAAGCACAGCUCCUUUUCAAGCAUUUAUCCUAUGAGAUGUGGUGGAGAUGUAAAGAUCCCUUUGGGCACAGGUGAUAAUGCACCAUGUUUGCCGAAUGCCAACGAUAUCGUCGAAGUGAAGACGAAAGAUGAGCUGAAGGCAGAAUACUGCAUGAAAGUUUUGAUUUGCAAACCUGGUAAAGGAAGUACAAUGUGUGAUACUCAAAGCAUGAAACUCUGGUUUCCAUAUGCAAAGAAAUUGCUGAGUGUAGAUAAAGUUACAGACGCUGACGCAAGCAAAUUUAAAGUUGAAGAGGGCGAAAUCAUUGUGAAUCUUGACCCAGGAUGCGUAUUGUCCUUGAGCAAAACACAUUCGAUACGGCACAGAUUCCAAAAUAAGCCACCUAAAAUCCGAGAAAUGAUGAAAAAUUAUCCUGGAUUUUACCUCCAACCAACGUUUCAUCAUGAACGAAGACUUUAUAAAGGGGGCAACAAUGUAUUUUUGGGAAAAGCGUUUUGGAUGGGAGUCAAUGUUUUGAAAAGCAUUGAUUGUAAUGCUCAGUGUGAUUUGGGACAAGUGUUUCAUUAUAAAAUGGUGCCAAACAUGCCAUUCUAUUCGAAAAUUUGGGUUGAUGGUAGCAAGUGCGAAUGGUUUAAAGUAUGUAUCUUGGGGGCUCCGGGAGCGAAAACUAAAAAGUACUACUGUAAUGAUAAAGAUCUGGUCAAUGUGUUCGUCAGAAAUGCUUUCGUAGUGAUGCCUGGAUCCCAAAAUGGUGCACCGAUAAGAUUGGUGAAACGAGAAAGGAAAGGCAGUAGUAAGGUUUAUCCUACGCAAAUUGGUUUCGACUACGAUGGUGAAAGGUUUUCCAUAUGGUCUGUCGGAAGAGAACGAGUGGCAUCCACAAAAAACGUAAAUCACGAUGGCAAUAUUAUUUUCUAUUUUUCAAAUCAUAAUUGCCUUAUUAAGAGAUAUGGAAUCAUGCAUAUGGGCGAAAAUAACGGAAAAGUUCUUCAAAUAGAUAAGGACAAGCCGAUUGAUGAUGUAUCUAGAGGAAAAGGCGAAUUUGUCACUUAUGCUCCUGCUGGGGAACAUCCAACCUUGGCCACACUUGCCCCGCCACCAUCUACACCAAAUGUGUCUGCCGUCGCUCCUGCAACAACCACACAACCAAGAGAUAUUGGAGAAAUUUUGGAAGGAGGGCUUGGAGGAAAGCUUGGCAAACGACGAACAGGAUGGCUUAUAUGGGCGAUAUUUUACGGAUUCUUUGUCGGUUCAUUGUUGGCGAUUGUCAUCUUUGGAUUAAUCCUUUAUUUCGGUAGACGUAGCUUCUAUGCAGAUUGGUAUCGAGGAAUGUACAAAAGGUAUGGAUGCGAUGCUUCUGGCGUUACCGGUGGAGUCACGGGAAGCACUUUCGGAGCCACCACAACCGGAGCAACAGGAGCCAGCAUGAUGUCUACAAUUGGCAGCACAACUGCUGGCACCACAGGUGGCGGCGGUUCCACCAUGGGCACGACCGGUGGCGGUUCAACGAUGGGAACAACGGGCACAAGUGCAGGCGACACCACUGGUGGUACCACUGGUGGCGGUACAACGGGUGGCGGUACUACGGGAAACGACAUGGUUACUAUGUAGAAACAUUGCCAAAU